AGUAGAAACAGAAGGGGACGCUGCUAUAUGGUGAGCUAGCUCAAAUGUACGUCCAAAUAUGUUAAUAAUUACAGGAUAAAUUAAUAUUUGAAACGUAUUCUACGUGGAACAACACAUAAGGGAUACAAUGGAAGACUGUAGCUCCCUGUUGUACCCGAACCUCUCGGAUAAACAGCACCGGUGCCGUUUUUUCUUCCCCUGUGUGUGUAGCUAGCCUUAGCCACAUAUGCUAAUACCGCCGCUCUCCGACCAAAAGGGUAGCCGAAGUUGGUGCGUCGCUAUGCGGCAGUCGACCGCAGAGUAAGGAAGAAAACUCCAAUGGAAGUCGCCCCCACAACGGAUUGACCUUUUAAGGAAAUGUAGCAGACGUGCCCCCGCCGAGAGAUAGCGCAGCAUGUUGUUUAAGUACAGCUGAGGCGUCGACUACAUCCAGGAAGAAGCACAUUAGUGACAAUGUUAUCCCCGGCUAAAGGUUAGCUAACGCAGCUCGGGUUGCUGCGUUUUGAGCGAUGGGGGAGUGCGCGACACGCCGCCUCUGAGGUCUCUUUUGACGGCUGGUUGGCUGGCUGGCGUUUGUGUUAUCAUGUCCUGCAAAGCCGCAACCAAGGACAAGAAGACGAGCUUCGGGAAGAAGCUGUUCAGACGGGGCUCUGUCCGCUCCGUGGGCAGUUUCAUGAGCAGAGUCCUGAGGACACUGACAGCCUUGUCCCACUUUGGAUCUGAAGUGCAAACAGAAGAUGACAAAGAUGAUGGAGGCUUCUCCACCUUUAAAGCCGGAGCCAAGGACGCUCUCAUGGAGGAUGGGGACCUCGGGGUUUUUCUCUCCGGGGAGAGGGUCCCCGGCUUGGCCGGGCUGAAGAACCACGGCAAUACCUGCUUCAUGAAUGCCAUUCUGCAGUGCCUCAGCAACACGGAGCUUUUUGCAGAGUACCUCGUUUUGGAGCAGUACAAAGACGAGGGAUUAGAUUUGGACAAACCAAAGACAAAUGGCGUCCAUCUGCAGAAGAAGGGACCGCUGUCCAAGGGGGAAGUGACUGAACAGUUGUCCGGACUUGUCCGGGCUUUAUGGACGUUCGAGUAUACCCCUCAACACAGCCGAGACUUUAAGAACGUGGUGUCGAAAAAUGCCACUCAAUUUAAAGGCAACGCGCAGCACGACGCUCAAGAGUUCCUGCUGUGGCUUCUGGACCGAGUUCACGAGGACCUCAACACCGUCAACCCCAUCGGCAGGCCGACCAUAAAGCCACCUAUUGAGGAGGAUGACCAACACGCAGAGGGACCCUCCCCGCCUCUCUCAGCCGGUUCCUUUGUACAAGAACUCUUUCAGGCUCAGUACAGGUCUUCUCUCACGUGUCCGCAUUGCCAAAAACAGAGCAAUACCUUCGACCCCUUCCUCUGCAUCUCCUUACCCAUCCCACUGCCACACACGCGGCCGUUGUAUGUCACGGUGGUCUACCAGGGGAAGUACUCUCACUGCUUGAGAAUCGGGGUGGCUGUGCCCCUCAACAGUACUGUGUAUCGCCUUCGAGAUGCUGUGUCGCAUGAAACCAAGAUGCCGAUGGAUCAGUUCAUUUUGACUGAAAUGUACUACGACGGUUUCCACCGCUCCUUCUGCGAUGAUGACGAUGACCUCAACAUCAUCCAAGAGAGCGACUCCAUCUUUGCCUUUGAGACUCCGGAGAUGUUUAAACUGGAAAGCCUACGCACAAAAAGAGGCGAGACCUUUAUACUGUUUUUUUUUUUGUUGGCUUUCUUUUAUGCAGAUUUAACUUUUUACCUUCUUGCAGGAAGUCUUCUGGCCAACCUGAAUCAUAAUAACUUGAAGUACGGGAUGGAAAACGGUCGGACGCCGUCUUUCAUGCAGGGGGCGGGGACCCCUGUGGCGUCGCCCAAUAAAAACCUGGCACCUGAGAAGAUGAUCCUCCUGGUGUGCAAUAGAGCCUGUACUGGCCAUCAAGCAAAGAGGUUCGGCCUGCCUUUUGUCCUCUACAUGGACCGCACAGCCACCUGGGACACGCUCCAGAAAGAGAUCCUGGAGAAAAUGCGCCAUCUUCUUCGACCUGGAGUUUAUAUUCAGGUGGGGCCUUUCAGUCUUCGGGUGGUCGGCGUGGUGGGGAUCACCUAUCUCCUUCCGCAGGAUGAGCGACCACUGUGUCACCCGACUGUGGAGAGAGCAUACAAAUCCUGUGGACAGGGUGGACCGCCGCACGUGAAGAUUGUGGUGGAGUGGGACAAAGAGACCAAAGACUAUUUGUUCGGACACACAGAGGAGGAAUACAUACCCGAUGCAGAGAGUGUAUAUCUGCACAGGGAGCAGCACCACCACCCCCAGGCCUGCACUCUGGCUCAGUGCUUUCAGCUCUACACUAAAGAGGAGCAGCUGGCCCCGGACGACGCCUGGCGCUGCCCCCACUGCAAGCAGCUACAGCAGGGCCGCAUUAAGCUCAGUCUGUGGACGCUGCCCGAUGUGCUAAUACUACACCUCAAGAGGUUCAGACAGGAGGGGGACCGCAGGGUGAAGAUGCAGAACAUGGUGCGGUUCCCGCUGAUGGGCAUGGACAUGGCGCCGCACGUGGUGAAGAGAAGCCAGAGUAGCUGGAGUUUACCCUCCCACUGGUCACCAUGGCGACGACCCUACGGCCUGGGGAGAAACCCGGACGAUUUCCUGUACGACCUGUACGCCGUGUGCAACCAUCACGGGAGCAUGCACGGGGGCCACUACACUGCCUACUGCAAGAACUCUGUUGACGGUCAGUGGUACUGCUUCGAUGACAGCGAGGUUUCACCAGUCGCCGAUGACAACGUGUGUCAACAAACUGCCUACAUACUAUUCUACCAGCGGAGGACUGCCAUCCCCUCCUGGUCCGCCAACAGCUCUGUUGCUGGCUCUACCAGUUCUUCCUUGUGUGACCACUGGAUCAACAGACUGCCUGGUAGUAGACCUGCUAGCCUGGCCUCCGGCGCCUCAUCCAGACGCACUUCCCUGGCCUCGCUGGCGGAGUCAGUGGAGUUUCCUGGAGAGCGUAGCGAAGACGACGGUGGUUUCUCCGUCCGCCCUUUUGUGAGGAGCAUCCAACGUCAGAGCUUGUCUUCCAGGUCGUCCAUAGCCAGUCCGUUAGCCUACAGCGACAGCGGCAUCAAACCCUCGUGGUCUCUCUCUGCCAAGCUGCAAAUGAGGUCCAACUCACCGUCGCGCUUCUCCCUCGACUCUCGCUGCUCUCCGCCUCUCGAGAGGAUCGGCGAGGCCUGCGACGACCGCGUGUCCACGUCCUGCUUCGGCAGCUACAGCCGCCACGAGCGCUACUUCGGCAGCAGGACUCCCUUGUCCGCGGUGGAGAGCAACUACGGCGAACAGGACAACAACAAGCGUUUCCUGGAUAUGAUGUACUGCCGGGCUCCCACGCCUGCGGAGAAGAAGACAUCCAAAAAUGAGGCGACGGAAAAUAACAACCAGAUCACAGCCAUCGACCAAAACAUCCUUCCAUCUCAAGCCACUCCUUCCAAGGAGCAGAAACGUAAGAGCAGCAUCGGAGGUUUCGCAUCCAAACCGGAAAGCACAACCUCCACGAAACCUGGCAAAGUGGAGCAAGAAAAAACCUCCAAAAAACGUCUGUGUUCCACACACAAGCCUCCAUCAUCAUCAUCCGAGACCCCAUCCGGCACACCGGUGAAAGGCAAAAAGGUGAGCGUCACUAAAGAGAAGAACAUCACAACGAAGAAAAGCACUUCAACACCGAGCGGGACCCCCUCCAAAACAAAAGACAUGCCCCCACCUCUUGAGGCGACGCCACAACACAGGCUGUGUGUCCGCUCCACGCCUCAGUCGUCCGCGUCUCCUUCCCCGACCGCAAAGAAGAACCCGAGCGUUCCCGAGAAGAACCCGAAGAAGCGUGUAGUGGAGAGGAGCUUCAGCAGGGAUUCCGUGGUCAACAGCCCGAGAGGAAGCUCCGCCGCACGCUCGUCUUUCUCCAAGACCGUUGAAAGCAACCGGCGGACGGUGCGGAGCUCCAGCAGCAGCUCCUCCGUCACCAGCCUCCGCUCGCCUAGCGUGUCCACCAGGGAUCUGCAACGCAGCAGCAAGUCAGAAGAAAAAGGUUUGUCGUUUUUUAAAAGCGCUCUAAGACAACGGGAAAGCCGCCGGUCGGCUGACCUCGGCAAGAGCAGCCUGCUCUUCAAAAGAGCCUCGGAGAGGACGUGCAAACAGAACGGGCAGGCCGGCGCGGAGAACACCAAAACAUCGACAGACGUCGCGUCUCAGCCGCCGCUCGCAGACGCGCCCGAGAAAAAAAGCGAGGCAAAGGAGUCCUCCAAGACCGCCGGCUCGCUCGGUCGCUCUCUGCUCCACGUGGGCAAGUCAAAGUCUUCCGCCUCCGACGCCGCUCUCAAAACGCCGGCAAACGGGAAGAAGCCUCCUCCGGAAAGGAAGGCGUCUUCCCGGAAGCUGUCGUCGAGCAUGCAAUCACCCGCACGUGCAACGCAGCGGCCUCAGUGACGCCACCAUCGUACGUACUUUUCCCUUCUUACUCAAUGCAGCUACUGUACAUUCUCUGUGCCUACGUUCCACUGAGCAUUGCUUUCGAAACCGACAUUUCCAAAAGUACCCGAACCUAACACACAGGAAACUCGACUCAAAUUAGCUUCCUCGUCUGUGGUCAUUUGUGGCGACCACGCGCAAACACGCACAUUCACGAAAUGGAAAACGUUUCAUUCCGAGUAACAAUAUUUUUUUUUACGUUUUGGAAAUUGACGAUUUUGACCAAUCACGUUCCUUCAUACAUAAGUGUCCGAGAUUAGGAGUCAGAGCUCCUUUUCUCCACAGCAGAAUAAAAAAAAAAAUAAGCAUUGAAAUUGGUCCAUUUUCCAGAUAUUUUACAAAUAUUUUCUUUAAAUAAAAUUUUAUGAUAGAAAUGUAUUUUAUAAAAAAAAAUUGUCUUAAACAUUUUGGAAUGAAACCCUUUAAAAAAAUUGCUCUCUCGAUAUAUAUAUAUAUAUAGCUAUAGAUGCGUCUGUAUAGAAGGUAAAAAAUAUGUACUGUUAUUUCCUAAAGCAAAGUCAAAACAAUCUUAAGCGCCUUUCAAAUACUAAUAAUAAAAAAAAAAUACUUGGUAGUCUACUGCUGUAUGCAUCACUGAGUAGGAAUGUUAUAUUGUUCUGCACUUUGUAUAGACGAGUAGUUUCCUUCCUCCUGUAGCAGAAAUAUAAAUAUACAAACACUAACUUAAUAAUAUUAACUUUCACAUGUCUUCUAAACAUCAUUUUACAUAUCAUGAAGUAGUUCCGGGCCUUAUACGUAGUAAAAAAAAAAGUACAUUCUCCACAUGGUGCUGAAACCGGACGCUGUUCCAGUCUGACAGUUUUAACACCAGAACUAGAAUCUGAUCGGCAGCGCCCGUCUGGUACCUCAUUUUCUGGGACUGUAUAUUAUGAUUAUGGAAAAAAAAAACACACUAUGAUGCUUGCUGGCCUUGUUACAACCCUCGACAACCAACAGUCUCUGUGUUUCUUAUGUAGACCAAUCCAGAAUAUACGUAUAUAUGUAAGAAAUACUAGGAAGUAGAAAUGGACAUUUGACCAAAUGAUGCUUACCGUAAAUGCUCCAAUUAUGGUGUUCCUUUAACCUAAAAACGCAAAGAGGACAGGAUGUUAAUUGAAAGCAAGUAAUAGUUAAAGAAAUGUAAACAUUCAUAUAGAAUAUUUUUAACAUUGAACAAUAAUUUGGUGGGCAAGUGGUUAGCGCUCAAGCCACACAGCUAGGAGACACAAGUUCGAUUUCACCCUUGAGGUACACCCUGGACUGGUGGCCAGCCAAUCACAGGGCACAUAUAGACAAACAACCAUUCACACUCAUAUUAAUGAAUAUAAAUAUAUAACCAUGUUAUGCUACAAAUCGGCUACAUGGCGGACAAGUGGUUAGCGCUCAGGCCACACAGCUAGAAGACAUUAGUUCAAUUCCACCCUCGGCCAUCUCUGUGUGGAGUUAGCAUGUUCUCCCCGUGCAUGCGUGGGUUUUCUCCGGUUUCCUCCCACAUUCCAAAAACAUGCUAGGUUAAUUAGCGACUCCAAAUUGUCCAUAGGUAUGAAUGUGAGUGUGAAUGGUUGUUUGUCUAUAUGUGCCCUGUGAUUGGCUGGCCACCAGUCCAGGGUGUACCCCGCCUCUCGCCCGAAGACAGCUGGGAUAGGCUCCGGCACCCCCCUCCCGCGACCCUCGUGUGGAUAAGCGGUAGAAAAUGAAUGAAUAUUUAAGCAUUAUUAGAGCCCUCUAGACGUGAAAUAACACCCCUAUAUUAACUUUUAAAGUCUUAUUACUCAAAUUUGUAAAUAAAAGGAAAUAAAAACCUUUUAGGGGCUGCACGGUGUACGAGUGGUUAGUACACAGGCUUCACAAAUUGGCUGGCCACCAGUCCCACCUCUCGCCCGAAGACAGCUGGGAUAGGCUCCGGCACCCCCUCCCAUGACCCUUGUGAGGAAAAGCGGUAGAAAAUAAAUGAAUUAAUUCAUGAAUGAAUGAACAAUGAUUUGGAGUGCAUGAGAAAGUGGAAACGCAACACAAACACAGAGAGGUAAAGCUACCAGAUAGUAACCACUCAUGAUUUUUUUUUGGGGGGGGGGGGCAUGAGAUGAUGCAUGAAAAUGAGACGAGAGUUUUAGAAAAAGUACAAUGGAAAAAAUAUGACUGGACUUUCCCUCCUAAAUAUUCCAAUGUUACCUUUCGCUGUGUGUAUGCUCUUGGCCCCGCCUCUCGCCCCCAGUGACGAUGACUGACAAGAAGUCUGACGCAAUCCUUUACGAGAACUCUCAUCACAUUUAAAUCUCAUGACACCCCUACCUGUGAUGCUGAAAACGUCAUCGUCGGGAGGUUGCCUACAGCCACAACUAUUUGGAGCAUUUACGGUAAUUAUUUCUCUGUAAAAUAUCUCAAUAUACGGCAGUCAUUCUCUUCCUGCUAUGGCACUAUAAAAAAUAAGACAGCGUUAGCUUCCAUAAACUCUAACACUGUGACAUGUGUUCAUAUAUCAUACAUUAAUAUCAUCCUAAUACGCCCCCCCCCCUCGCCACUUAUGCGUAGCUAGCAUACUAAUAAUCCUAGCUGAGGAUGAAACGGAGACGAGUGUUGCAUGCUAACGCAUGCCCAGUCGUCACCAAUUAACUAUGCAACUUUUCCGCUGCUGUGUAUAAUAAUACUAAUAGUAGUAAGUAAUACUAGAUGAAAAAAAAACACUAGAGCAUGUGUACUCUUAUCAUGCGGCUUCAUUUGCACACCAUUGUGUCAUCCUAACAGUACCUUUUAUCAUCCUAUCACCACUCUGUUGUUUACUGUUUGUUCUAUUCUGCUGAUUUGGGUGCUACCAAAUAUGUGCUGGGGUAGGCUACUUUAGUUUGGGGGGAAAUACUGUUGUACACCAGCAGGGGGCAACAUAACAACAUAACAUAACACUACGGCUGUGAUAUUAUUUUUUCCAAUAUAACAUUGUAUGUUUGUAGUUUGUAGUUCUCAGUUCCUUUAUGAUAUACUACGUAUAUACAGUACAUCUGAUUGCAAUAAGGACAGGUAAUACAUUUCUAGUUUUAUAAAUACACUAUGACACCCAACUGUGAUAUUACAUACAAUAUAGCAAUGGUAAAAUUAUUCCUCUUUUUGCAGUUGUUGACCACUUUUUUUUAUGAAUUUUUUGUCGCGUGGUAAAAUAUAUUUUGGGUCGCUGGAAAAAAAAAAUAAGCAUUACUUUGACAAGUCCUGCUGGUAAUAUAAUAUGUAGAAAUAUCUAUAUUGGUUCGGGUUAAAUACAGCUAUAUACUGAAUGUCUGCAGAAGCCUUAGUAUCUAUGGAUUAGUAAGAAAAAAUGAUUGUUAUUAUAACUAUUUUCAUUUUCCAUCAACUGGAUAUUCAUUUUUGUUUUUGGUUUAUGAUUAUUACUAACAAUAACACUACACUGCUGAAUGAAAGCACAGUAUGUCUGUUUUUAAAACGUGUCUAUUUGUACAAUUCCAUUCCUUUUUUAUUUUUUUUUAAUAUUUUAAAUUUUGUCAAUAUAUUAGGUACAGCCCCGCAAUCUGCAAUAAAACUCCCCUCCUUAUUUACAUAUUUUUUAAUUUGCCUACCUGAAAAAAACUGGCUAUUGUUUUAUGAUGUAUGUUAUUUUUAAAUUUUUAUACUUUCGUAUGCUUAAAAAAAAGUAAUUUCAAACAUCAACAACAUAGUCUUUGUUAAUUUAUUUCUUUUUUUUUUUAACUAUUAUCAUGUAUGCACUUUUUUAUUUCUUCAAAUGGACUAUUGUGUAUAUAUGUUGCUGGUUUACUUAUGUAAAAUAAAAUAUAUAUAUACAGAAACUAUGGCUUGAAAUGUGAACUUUGUCUUUAGAUGGUUGUAGUUCCGACUAACACCAGAGGGCGCUAUUUUGCUUUCCUUCACAAAUCAAUUACAAUGUAUUGUUUAACAUUAAUUUCGGACAAUAAUAAAUAUAAUUUGCUAUGCUAUUUAUAG